GGUAGAUAAAGAUUGUGCAGCCUAGCGUCGUAAUGUGUAGAAAUAUCCCGUGGCGGGCCUCAAUCGAAAAAAAGUGCCAAUAGGUGCGUUCGGAAGGUGAAGGAAUUCUUGAGGUCAGAGGUCACCAUGCGCUGUCAAGCCGUGGAUACGGGAAGCGUGUUAGGCCCCUAACAUAAACAUAUAUCCACACUGCUGUCGGGGCUCGGGAUUCCCUCAAAGCCUGGGCGUGGUCACUUUUACCGUCGGGAAAGCCGCAAAAGUGGACAGCAUUGAUAUUUAAUUGGCAAAUAUUACCACUAUAAUGCCAAUGUAAGGUGCGUGUCAACAGGCUGAACGUCUGUGUGUAUUUUCUCAUCAGUUUGGAGCGCGGAAGUGUUAUACGGGGAUAUUGUGUUGUCUGCCUUCAUUGAACCAGCUUGUGGACAAGGUAAAGGAACCUGCGGUGAAAUGGGGAAGAUUGACAACUUUAUUCAGUCUGUCCCUCUUACUCUGGACCUCGGGGAAAAGAUUCGGAAACAUUUACCCCCCGGCACAGGGGAGUAUUCUGUUGGAUGUCUGGACUGUGAUCAUACCUCGGAUCCUCUAUCGGACACAGGGGCAUUGUUUCGUCUAUAUUAUCCAAUUGAAAAGACAGAUAUUAUUAAACGUCACAAACAAUGGCCGUUGUGGUUACCAAGGCGACAGUACAGUGAAGGGUUUGCUCAUUAUCUGAAAUUGAAUACAAAAGUUUUUGGAAAGAUCUUCAAAUGGCUUGCAGGUGAUGUAUACAUACCAGCAUUAUGGCAGAGUCCUCCGGUUGCGAACGGUCAAAAGUUCCCGGUGGUGGUGUUCAGCCACGGCAUCGGUGGCAACCGAACAACCAACACCACCAUGUGUACGGAGCUGGCCUCACAAGGGUUUAUUGUGGCAGCAAUGGAGCACAGAGAUGGGUCAGCAUCCAUGACAUAUGAACUAAAGCCAAACGAGAAAGGAAAUGUGGAGAUUGUAGAAGAAGCGGAAAAACCUCAGCAGAAGAGAAACCUGCACAAACGCAGCCACAGUUUCCAUGGUUACAAUGCAACAGAUGCAGAAUGGAAACCCUAUGUACACUAUGAACCCUGGAAUGAAUUUGAGUACAGAAAUAACCAAGUCAAGAAGAGGUCACGAGAGUGCUCGGAAGCUUUGGACAUUUUAACAUCACUUAACCUUGGGGUCGAAGUUCACAAUACCCUCGGGGGCAACUUCAACAGCAAAUUGUUCAAGGACCGUAUGGAUUUAUCAAAAGUGAUAAUGAUCGGCCAUUCCUUUGGUGGCUCCACCUGUCUACAUACACUGGCACAUGACAAAAGAUUUCUUAUUGGUGCGGUGCUGGACGGUUGGAUGCACCCUCUAGGGAAGGAAGUGUAUACAAGUAUUACACAGCCAACUCUAUUACUCAACAUGGAGAAGUUCCAGUGGAAAGAAAACAUUGAACAAAUGCUCAUGAUCCAGAAUAACCAGGCAGAAAAAGUCAUGAUCACUAUGAGAGGUGCCUGCCAUCAGAGUGUAACAGAUUUCCAGUUCAUCGUAGGGAAGCGACUGGCUCGGUUCAUGGACUGUCGACACAUCAUACAUCCACGUGUCUCGAUGGAUCUUUGCAACAAGGCGGUUCUCAGCUUUGUGUGGAAACAUUUAGGCUCUGAAGAUCGAGAAAUCCAUGAAGAUAUUUUGUCUGGUGAUCACUCCUUAAUGAUGAAGGGUACCAACGUCAACAUGUCAUGUUAAUCAGCCAAUCACAGCUGUGUUUGUCUCGUGAGGAUAUCAGCCAAUCACAGCUGUGUUUGUCUAGUUGUCAUGACAGCAAUGGAUUAUUUAUUUAUUACAAGCAUUUUGUGAUAUUAUAUAUUAUCAGACUCAAGUUGAUAAAAUAGACAAGUGUUAAUGUAUAAUUUUAUUUCUUCACAAUUCCAAUUGGCACAAUUCUUAGAAUUCACCUGGUUCAGUGACAUGCUUGACACUUCAGCACCCUCUGGAUAUAGUGAAACAUUUCGCAGUCAAACAUGCAAAUUUUAUCUAUAGAACACUUUUGAUUUAUGAAACAAGAGUAGCACUGAUUUACACCAGGUAUGGUGUGUCCAUAUAUUCUAUGUUGAAAAUCCGUGUUUGCUACAAACUUAUCCUGGAACAUCAUAAGUUUACACAAAAAGUCAAUUUUUGCAUCAGGACAAAGCUUCAAACAGAAACGUCAAGACUGAGUGGAGAGGGAAUGAUGUUUGUGUGUUUAGUUUUAUAUCUGGGAACAAGUCCAGCUUCCUGGACUAAGGAACCGGUGGAGUAACCAUACUUGUGCCCUUUUCUAACGUCUACAUCCAGAUCACUUAAUUUGGUUCUUUUAUCUUUGAGAUUGUUGGUGAAGUAUUAAACUGAGUACCUUGGUUUAUAACACUUAGUUAUCCCAGGAAAUUAAUAAAAAUUGUAUUUGAAAAAGAACCAACUUUCAUCUGUGACUAGGACCAAUCACAAAUAUCAAUAGAUUAAUAAAGUGUUAGGAAAAUAGCAUUUUGACCAGUUUAGAUUUUGAUGGUAGUCUCACAUACUGAAUUAUUUUAUAUUCAUUUUAGAUCAAAUUGUUUUUGGUUUUUCCCUGGAUGGCUUUUCACUUCCAUUAAGGUUAAACAAUAUUAGAAUCAUGUUCACAAUCUCAAAAAUCAAGAAACCUCUUUCUGAAAUGUUAUGUAACAUAAAGUCCGCCUGGGCCUAGAUAUUAUCUAAACUAUACUCAGAUGGACAGCAUUGACCAAUCCAAACAUGACAUUGAUGACCAUGGAGGUUUGUUAUCCUGGUUACCAGUUGUGUCAAAGAAGGUUUGUUACCAGUUGUGAGUAUGAAGGUUUGUUACCAUGGUUACCAGUUGUGACCUUGAAUGUUUGUUACCAUAGUUACCAGUAUGACCAUGAAGGUUGCUACCAUGGUCACCAGAUGUGACCAUGAAAACUUUGUUACCAUGAUAUGGUUCAUUGUAAUCUUGAAUGUUUGCUACCAUGGUUACCAAUUGUAACCAUGAAUGUGUGUUACCAUGGUUACAGGUUGUCCCUGCAGUUCACUGUAGUGACACUCAACCCGUUAAUGUCUUUCACUGUUAAUCUUACUGUUAACUGCAACUUAUGUUGCAGAUUAUUGUUCAAAACAUAGUUUUGCUUUUUUGUAAAUCGAAUUGUUAGGUUAUUGUUUGCUGAUCAUCAUUUUAUGUGAGUAGUUUUUUAUUCAACUGACAUUGGAAAGUUAAAAAACCAAAGUAUUUCUGUUGAAUGUAAACAGUAUAAUAGGUUUAUGCUUGAUCUUUGUAAUGACAUGUAUUGCAUAGAAAAAUAAGUUCAAGUUGACAUUGUGGAACGGAUAUUUUGUAAAUGUGGCAACUUGUAUACAAAAUGCAUUUAUAUAUAUUAUGUAUAUUUAUGUAUGUCACCCUGCACAUGAUUCCUGGUAUCGGUGGAUCUACAAGAGGCAUUUAGAAUAUCUAAUUCUGCAUUGUUAAAGCAUUACAUAAUUUUAAAGUGUUGAGUGAUAUCAUGAUCUGAUCAGUGAAACAUGCGUCAUUAAUUAUGUAUGUAAUUAGCUUGUUUAUGGCAAGAUACAAUCAAUCCGUUGUAUGUGCUUAAUUUAUAGUUUUCUUAUCUCUUUUAUGCUUCAAAUACAAAUGUGUUUUACUGCAGUUUAUAUAUUAUACACUUAUUUCUAUAAGAAGCGUAUAUAUACAUAAGUACAUGAUGAGGACUGCCAGGGUUAGUGAGGCCUGUAGGUUUCCUCAAAGUGUCAAAUUUGAUCUCAAAAAUAAGAUGCAGAAUUUUUGAAAUUAUUCUAAAAUGUUGGUGAAACAGAUCUAAAUGAAGCAUUCUUACACUAACUGCAUUUAUUUUUAUUUUUGUGUGCACAAAUUUUCGAGCAUUAUCGUUUUAACAGAUUAGCACAUUGGUGAAUUGGUGCACAUCUCAUACUCGCCAACUUUUUAAAAUUUCCAUGGGGGAGAUUCUGCAUGCACAAAAUUAAAAUUCACUGAUUGAAAACACCCAGUUGAAGGGUCCAAAAUCGGGAGUCCCCCUCCUGAAUAGGGAGGGUUGGCAAGUAUGCAUCUGUUCACAUGAUAUCCAAAUACAUUAGAAAUUAUUUUUAUUUUAAUAUUUAAAAAUUUAAGAAAAUAAGAGUGUUAUUUUAAUAAUUUCUCACAAUUGUUUCCCAAUAAGAGUUAAAGUACGAUGUCUAGAUCUUUAUUAUAGCUAUUCAUCUCGAUCAUAUCCUUUUUUUUUUAAAGGAAAAAAAAAUGACAACACAUUACCCAAUAAACAGGACAAUGAAAUGAAUGAAAUAAUUAAUAUCUCUGUACUUUUGAUUAUUAUAACUAAUAUCUUUACACUUUAUCAAUGCAAAUAUUUGUCUCAGUCGCUACACUUGAUUACCACUUAAUUGUUCAUUGUUUCACCAAGAUCUUCUGUUCCAUGACUCAUUCUAAUAUUUGUAUGGUGACUUUUUCUUCUGUAUCUCUUAAUCAUAUAUAUAUAUAUAUAUAUAUAAAAUUAUACAAAAAAUGUCUGUUUCUCCAGGGAUUCAAUAUAAUAUUUUUCUUUGUCCUUCUGCACACAUCCUUUUUAAACAGCCGAGGACUUUUAGUACCCUGUUAGUAUUUCUGCAUCAGAAACAAGUUUAUGAUAAACUUAAACACAAGUUCUACUCAAACUGUCAGGAGUAAACCUAAGCUUUAUUUUCACUUUAUACAUUUAUUACAUUCUGUCUAGAAUAUUUUUAUUAUCCACGAUCUGAGUUUUUUCAGUUUAUAUGAGAAAUGCUUAUAGUUUUUGUGUAACAUUAUUAUUUACAUGUUAACUGUCCCUUCUCUGGUGCUUUUAAAGAUUGCUGAAUUCCUUAAUCCAUCACAGUCAAGAUUAAUACAACAAAAGGUCUUUUGUCUGUAAAUUGGUUCAUUUGAAAAAUGACAAGUAUUGGUGGAAAAGUUCCACUACCACUAGCCUUCCACCACUGGGUCGCGGGUUCGAGACCUACGUGGGGUAGUUGCUAGGUACUGGCCAUAGAUCGGUGGUCUUACUCCGGGAACGCCAGCUUUCCUCCACCACCAAAACAUGGCACGUCCUUAAAUGACCCGAGCUGUAAAUAGGACGUAAAAGACGAACAAACCAAACACUGAAUGUCUGCACAGACCACUGUAUGUGUCCAUAUUCAUGAAAUCAUUCUCAUGCUUUAACAUGAAUUCUGUGCUUAAACCAACUAAUUCUCACUUGCCGGAAAGCAUGCAGCAUGGACACACUGUUUGGCUUCAACUCUCUUCAAACUUCCUCCAAAUCAUUGUAAAAUGGGAAUUUUGAAUAAUUUAUCAGAAAGCAAGGAAUUGGGCUCGAGCCCCGAUUCUGAGUUUGAGUAUGAGAACACGAGUGAUUCUGCUUCUCUGUAGUACACAAAACUCAUAAAGUGUGAUAACACAGCAAGAAUAUUUUGUCGAAAUUUUUAUAAAAUUUACAAAAAUAAUGUUUGAGCAAUUAUAAUAGAAAUAAUAGCAUCUAUUUGUGGGAAUUCUUUGCUACUCCUAGGUAUUAGAAUUAGAUUAUAACAGAACCUAUAGUGUGAGGUUAAGAUCAGGGUCAGGGGUCAAAGGUCACAGGGGAUGAUUCUUACGGUUUCGGGACAAGUCCUUUGUUUGCUUUGAUAAAUUUCUAUAUGAAUAUGGUGCCUUGAAUUUAAUUUGUAAUAUGACAUUUUAUAUUUGCAUAUACUAUCUUAUUUAAAUCAAAGUAUAUUUAUACAAGAGAACAUGCCUUCUGAUAUUUUAUUGUUCUUUACUUGAAUAAAAUGAAUUUUAUUUAUAAGAUUUGCCAUGUCAUCAAUGUUUUUUUAAGACAAUAAUUUUGUUCAAUAGAAGGAGGUCUAUUUUGCAUGUUUUCGUAAAUACAGGGUAUUUUUGUACAUGUUUAAAUUUAAUUUGGUGUAAAUGGAUACAGUAUCACAAAUACUAAAUCUUAUUUUUUUAUAAUCGAGAAACAGUUGAAUUUCAACAGGGCUAUGAUCAAACAGGUACUGGGAUUUGAUCAUGUGAGUGACUUAUUAACCCUUUCAACCCUAGGGAACUUUAAUAGGCUCUACCAUACAUUUAUUUGGAUGAGUCCAUUAUGGUCUACAGUGGUGAAAGGGUUAAGAAUAAUAUGUGAACUUCAUACAAAAUAUGAAAUUUGAAUAUCAAUUCUCACUCUCUCCGUUUACAUAAAACUUUAAACUUAAAUUAAAACUCCCACUGGUAUUGUGGAAAUUAAAUCUUGAUUUCUCCGAUCAGGACGAAAUCAACCGUCGUAAGAUAUGCUACCACAUUGUUGGAGGUUGGGUGUCAUCAGCAAUGACACAUUUUUUUCCAUGCAUUGUUAGGGAAAUAAAACCCCACCCAUUGGCCGAGAGUGAGAAAGUUUUAGGAGAAAAACCUUAGAUGUAAGAAAGACAACUCUGGAGUACUUUCUGCCUCUUUGUAAAGCUUGUAUAGGUAGAGAAAGUGUUCAGUACUCGAUAAGUUAUUAUAUAUACAUAUAUAAGAAAUAAUUUGUACCAGGGCUCACCCUGGACCUAAAAAAUCAGUAGCCAAAAAAGUAGCCAUGUUUGAAUUUCAGUAGCCAUUUUAAACAGUGGCUAUACUUUCUCGGCCUUCAACCGUUACGGAUAGGCCCUCCAUUAAAAUCAUUAAAUUUAAUAUUGUUUGAAGUGCAAUACUAUUCAACAUGAUGUUAGAUUAAGGAGUACUCUGUUAAAUUACAAUUUUUGUUAUACAUCAUGUUUAUAAUUUAAUGCAUAAUGUGAUAUUUUUUUAAUCCUUUCAGAUUAUAUGGCUGUAAUUUUAAGAAAACAUGACUUUAAUUAAAAUGCUGAAAAUUUCCACCAGAAAAAAUCACCCAUUCUCCACAAAAAAAAAUGUUUUUAAAAUUAUAUUAGAAUAAUACCAAGAUCUAUUGAUAUAAAUUAUUAUGUUUCUAUUGUGAUAAAAAUGAAUUUGGAUAUUUUUUAUACUACGUUCAAGUUCUAUCUUCUAUGCUGUGUUGAUAAAUGAACUUUAUAAUUACUCAAUUAUUAUUUUGCUUUUUGGAGUAUAUAAUUUAUUGUUUAUCACUGCUAUAUAUAUAAAUAUAUGUAUGGUGAUUUGAAAGAGGUGCUUUAUUGUUCUUGCAGGUUUAGUAAAAUAAAGAUAAAAAAAAUUCCAGAUCAAUCCAGAUAAUUCAUAGAUGUUAGAAAAUCUUUAAUGUUUUUUUCUGUAACCUUAAUAUAAAUAUCAUAAAUAAAAACAGACAACAAUAGUACUACACGCUCAGUUUUAUGGAAUAAUAUUUUUUCAGAAUUUGUUUGGUCAACAAAAUAUAUAUAUCAAUGGAUACAUAUAUACCAGUACAUAUCCAUACAAAAAUAAUCAGGUCAAAUCUAACGGGAUUGGUCAAAUAUAUUUAUGGUAAUAAAAUAUUUACAAUUAUUUUAAAUAACGAUGAGUCUGAUUCUCAAUAUUGUGAAAGUGCCAUGUCAUUUUAAAAUGCUGAUGUAUAUCUAUUUCAUUUGAAAAAUGUAUACCUUCCAUUUUUUCAGCACUAAAGAUCUUAUACACAUGAUCUGCAAUGAACGAACAUUUUGUAUUACAUUUAUAAAAUGUGUCUCAUAAUUUUUCAUUUAAGCAAGUUUAGCUGUGCAAAACAAUAUUCACGCCGAGUUUCAUAUAUCUCAUUUGAAACCGAUAAAAUUCAGUAUUCACUUUUUCACAUCGCCGAGAAUGCAUUGGAACAUUUACAAAAAUAAUUUUCUUUACCUGGUAUCAUAAAGUCUGCAAUGUUACCUCCAUGUCUGUUACUUCUAUUCCGACAGCACAAUGACAUGACGUCAUGUUGUCAUAGCGUGUCUGAAUUCUGAUACAUGUAUCUAAAUAUCAUGACGUCAUGUUGUAUCAUAAGUCGGACAUAUUAAUACCAUGACAUCAUAUUUUAUGUCUUAACUAUGACAGCACCAUGACAUGACGUCAUAUUUAUAAUUUAUUCUGACCUCACAAUGCUAUGACGUCAUGUUAUAUGUCUUAAUUCAGACAUCACAAUGUUGCUAGUUGAUAUACAAUAAGACAUGACAUAGGUGUACAUGUGUUCACCACAAAAUAUAAAAAUAUUCAUGUACUACUCAAUUUCAACUGUAGUUUUGUAUAAUUAAGCACAAAUUAUUUACGCUUAUUAGUAAUUAAAAGUUAACAUGGCACUUUAUUAUUACAUCCAUUCUUAUGUGUUUUGUUUUAAAAGAAUGAAUGCUCUGUUUUUGUAGUUUAGUACAAUUAUAAAAUAUGUGAAUGCAACAUAAUAUAUGAAUUCAGUGCUGUAGGUAUAAUACAGAUUCAAUGUAGAUUUAAUCCAAUUUUAUGCAAUAUUACAGUUGUUUCUUUAUAAACUAUACUAGUACAUAUAUUACUUAGAAAUCAAACAAGGUGAUCUUCUCUGGAGACCUCCUAAACAGCACAAAUUUCUUUAUGACAAAAAGCAGUUUACUUUACAUGAACAUUAAAAGACCAUUUCUGACAAGGGAUCACUUUUUAUACUUCCAUUGGAUAGCGUCUUAAUACAGAUUUGACUCUAUAUUCAUAAGUGCAUAGUUUCGUAGUUUAUAAUCACAGACUUAUUGGUUUAUGUAAAAUUUCGUAGAUAGCUGGAAUAAUUACCUUUGGACUAGGAUAAUUUAAGUUGUUACAAUUAAAGUAACAUGAAAAUCACAAAAAAUAUACACAGUGAAAUAUAAAUGAUAUACAUGGAUUUUUAUCACCGGUGUAAUAAUGUAAUGAUAUGAGAUUUGGAUCAAAACUAUUUAUGAAUUAACCCUUUCACCACUGUAGACCAUAAUGGACGCAUCCAGAUCAAUGCAUGGUAGAGUCUACUAAAGUUACAUAGGGGAAAGGGUUAAUAACAUGGGUCUUAUCAAACGGCAAAAACAAAAUACUACUGAGCGUUACACACCGUUUGUGCCUCUUGUUGAAAUAAUUGUCUUGUUUUGGAUGAUGUUAUUGUAAGUAACGUUACGUAUGUUGAUACCGUCCCGUACAUAUGUAUGGUACAGACUCCGUCACGAUUGAUUGUAUUGGCUCGCUGAAAUUGUAAUACUAUUUUUCAAUAAAAUAUGAAAAUUAUUCUA